ACGUUUUGGCAUGGCGUUAGAACAGCGGUCAGUGUUCUUCAUCAGACGGAAACGAGGGUUUGAUUUCGUUCCUGAAGGAGUGCACAGCGGCUAUGGCGACGCAUGCUGGCAUGGGGGUUUUAUAAGAUCAUCAUCUUAGUCGGAACAGGGUACACUGGUACAUUGCUGUUUAAAAACGGGAAGCUUUCUGAUGUAUUGGGCGAACUUCAGGGUUUAGUGAAAGGAUAUGAGGGAAAACAAGGAGAUGGAGCUGAAGGAGAUUAUUCAGAUGCCAUCGCUAGCCAGGUUCGAAGGUUAGCAAUGGAAGUUAGACAGCUAGCUUCUUCACGUCAAAAUCAAAUCACUGUUUUAAAUGGGGGUUCUAGUGGUAAUAUAACAUCUAUGGUGGUACCUGCUGCUGCAUUAGGUGCAGUGGGCUAUGGAUACAUGUGGUGGAAGGGUGUUUCAUUUUCAGACCUCAUGUAUGUCACCAAGAGUAACAUGGCAAAUGCUGUUUCAAAUUUGACAAAAAAAUCUAGAACAAGUUACAGAUGCUCUCGCUCAAAGAGGCACUUAACCCAGAGGAUUGAGAAUUUGGAUGGGAAAUUGGAUGAUCAAGUUGAAAUAUCAAAACUAAUUAAAAACGAGGUGACUGAUGUUCGUGCUGAUGUUUCCCAAAUAGGGUAUGAUUUGGAUUCACUAAAUAAAAUGAUUUCUGGUUUGAAUGGAAAGAUAAUGACAUUGGAAGAAAAACAAGAUAUGACUAAUCUUGGAGUGUGGUACCUCUGCAAUAUGGCUGAUGGAAACAAGUUAUCUGGCACUGCACAGAAACAGUUUAAGCUUGCUGGGAAGUCGUUUGAUGGUCAUCUCUCAUCUGAUGGAAUUCUCUCUCUUGAUGGUGUAAAGGAGAUUGCUGAUAAUUUAGAUCCAGAGAAACAAAUACAAUCAAGAAUGUUGACCAGGAGACAUACGGUCAAAUUAAUAUAAAGACGAUAUUGCCCCUCAUCCUCGAAGUUCUAUUUGUAACGUGUAGAAUAGUGAAAACGUUUAUUUAUGGUUAAUGUUUAGAGGGGACUUGUUCAUGUUCAAUGAACCAUUCCAUAGUUGACUGAUUUGGAUUUUGAAACAAUGGUAAAUUCAGCUUUCUUGUCCAAUUCCAUUCCAACCUUUGAAAUACACAUUCC